CGUCGAGCUUGCAGAAGGAGGGGCCGGCACCAUCUUCGCUCGGAGCAUCGCAGCAGGCACGGGUCGCGUCCCACGGUCUCGUGGUCGGGGACUCUGCACCCUCCACCCACUGCCGUGCUUUCGUGCAGAAGAAAGUCGAGCAUCAGAUCCCGUCUUGAACCUGCCCGAAGAUGAUGAAAUCGAUGGCUGAGGUGUUCGACGAGUGCUUCGAAGCAUGGACAGAAGAGGAGGUGGUCAAGUUCGUGGAGCUGUUCCUUGAUUUCACGAAUCAGGAGGCAACGAGUUCGGACAACACCGAUCGAGAAAUUACUCCUUCGAGCUCUUCGAGCUCUUCCAAUUUGGUGGAAAGUGAAGAUUGUCUUCGAUACUUGGAAUACAAAAUUCGAGAAGAGUAUCCUGAUCACACAGAUGGUCUCUCAAGGAACGAUGUCUUUCGAAUGGGUGUGGUGAAGAUCCUGAUGGAAAAGGGAUACCGCCUCGAUGAUCUGUUUGAAGCCAUGGCCUCGGAGCCCAGGACUAGGAGUCGCGCCAUCUCGAAGGCAGCUCAGUGGGCGAGCAAGGUAAUUUUCCAUCUGACGGACGCGUUGGUGUUGGCCACUGUCAUAGGACUGGCAACGCUCACGAUGGGGAGUCUGAUGCUCGCGGGAGUGAUCGUCUCAAUGGCCACUGGCUUAUCCGUUUUCAUCUCGACGACCUUCUUAAGUUCGUCUUUCUUCGUAUCGUUCAUUCCGGUCAUCACAGCGCUGGGAACGCUGCUUCUUCUCGCUGCUUUGAGCUGCAUGAUCUUUGGAUCCGUCUGCUUCGGCCUGUUCUCUCUGCUGUGCUGGAUCCAUGAUUAUCUGCUAGGCCACGACCCUCCUGGUGCGAGAGAGCUUGCUGAACUUUCCGGGCGUGCGAGGGCUUUACUUGCAAGCGGUCUGCUUCGACUCAGAAAAUUUGCUCCAAGUGUUGCUGGAUGCUUUCCAUACAUCAAGGACAUGGCAAUUCUUUUGUCAAUCAAGGUUCUGCUCAUGGCGAAGAGAAUGAAACUUCUGAUGCCGACAACGAGAUCUGAGCUGUAGGUUGGUUUGUAUGAACUGCAGCUGACUCAAGGAGUUGGCCUGCAACACAAGGAUUUCGGGUUAAGAGUCAGCUCAGUAUGAGAUCUAGGCACACCUUCAGUAUGUCAACAGGGUAUAUGUAGAGCUUUCAGAAGUCGCCUCUUCAGACUCGUCUACUUUCUGUAUCUCGUCUCCUCAAAAACUGUAUAUACAAGCAAGCUCAAACCUCUGAACUGCUGAGAGAUAUAUAAGGACAAUACUGAUGCCAUGGCAAAGACUGUGUACAGGCCGUGUGCUCACAUUUUACGAAGUGAAGUUUGCUCAACAACAGUGUUGGAAAAAUGCA